AAACAAAAUGCUUUAUGCAAAGUAAGUAAGCCAUGGUGUGCAGUUGGAACGGUACAGUCGUCACUCUUUUGCUGCUCAGUGCUUUAUGCUACUUCAACAACAGACAGGGAAGAGAUCACACGUCCUGACAGAGAGCUAAUGCCAUCAAACAACAUGAGCCGGAUGACUUGGGUUUUGUUCGUGGGCCUUUUGUGGAUUUAUCCAGUUUUAGGUGCCUGUAACAAACUCAAAGACUGUUUGACCCAGAAGACGGCACAUGUUGUUGUGGCUGAUAACUUCAGUGCCUUCAUCUCUGCAGAUAAAUAUUGUAAUCACAGCAGCGUUCCUAAACUCUUCUCUGCGAAUAUGAGUUGCAUACUGUUUGUGCAAAAAAAAAAAUCAAGACCACAAACAUUUGGGGAGGAAUUUCCUGAAAUGGAGGACUGUAACGGUUCUUCUGUAAUACACUUUCCAAAAUUUUACAUCAGGCGGAAAUUGCUGCUGUAUGUCAUGGAAGAGAUGCCGUGCAACACAUCUGGCUUCCCAGAUGUUUCUUAUUUAGGUUUAGAGUCUUGCAGUAAUGACACUGCCAGAGUUCCUUGCCAGAUUACAUGUUUGGAUCCAAAGACCCAGUGCAAAAAAAGUAGUUAUGAUGCAAGCCAAUGCACCCGAAUGAAUCUAACGAACAUCUACAGGAUGAAUAUAACAAGCCGUGACUGUCUGAAUUGUGAUAAUCCAGUAAAGAAGCCUGACAGUGAAGUUACGGUGGUUUCAAAUUUCACACAUACAGAAGGAGGAAAAGUCAACGCUGCCCAAGCUGCUGGAGUCAUGAAAGGAAUGAGCGACCUCGCUAACUCCAUCAACGGCCCUUCGGCGGCCCUGAACGUGGGCGAAGGAGUUACGGGCAUCUUGGCGAAACAAACAGACCCCGUGGUUUUUGAGGAGAUGCUCUUUGGUUAUGCGUCCCCAAGUGACGCCAUGAAUAUUUUGGGAGAUAAAAACGUUCUUGCUCAAUACUCGAGAUCUGUCCGACUGUCAAAAGAGGCGUUUGAAAAGGCCGGAGGUUUGAAUGCCAACGUGCCAUUUGGAGCCAUUUUACGAUUCUCCAAUCUGGAUACGGACGAGAUGAACAGCACAAUUUUAGGUAAUGAGGUUGUAGCGGUUGAAAUGGGAGCCAUUAUCAACAAUCUCACAGACAAAAUAAGCAUUGAUUUCAAGAACAUUAAAUAUGAAGGAAUUCCAUCUUGUCGUUCUUGGAGCGGUGAUGGAAGCCGACCAAACUGGACCGAGGACGGAUGUCUGACCAUACAAAGCGGGAACAACGUUACAUGCCAGUGCUCGCACUUGACUUUUUUUGCUAUCUUAUUGGUUCCUCUCAAUGAAAGCAUAUCUAGUUCAGACCUGAACAAGCUCACCAUCAUCACUCAGGUCGGCUGUGGCGUGUCCAUGUUCUUCCUCGCCAUAGUCCUCUUCAUGCACUUCCUUUUCAGGAAGACCAACGCCAGUGUAUCCACAUUGAUUCUCAUCCACCUGGUGUCGGCCGUGUUCCUGCUGAACUUGACUUUUCUCAUCAACGACGUUGUGGCCUCCCUGAAGAAUCCUGUGGCUUGUACGAUCUUGGCGGCUCUCAUGCACUACUUCAUGUUGGCCACUUUCACCUGGUUCGCUGCGCAGGCCUUCCACCUGUGCAUGCUGCUGUAUGUGCGCAGCACAAUUGGAAACCGUCACUAUUUACUCAAAGUAUCCAUCGUCAGUUGGGUGCAACCGAGCGUGAUCACGAUCAUCAUGCUCAGCUUGGGAAAAUAUGGCAAACAGGUCAUCUCUACCAGUGACCCUAAGGACGAUGUGGCCAUCUGCUGGAUAACGGACAACACCGCGCACUACAUUGUCAACAUAGGUUACUACGCGUUGAUCUUCGUCUUCACCUUCACCACCUUCAUCAUCAUACUGUCCUACCUCAUUUGUCUCAAGAGAACAACAAACCAAAAAGUCGCCACAGAAAUGAGCACGAAUAAAAAGAGCAUCACUGUCAUCCUGGGACUGUGUUGCACGAUGGGGAUCACCUGGGGUUUCGCCUUCUUCGCCUACGGUCCCCUCCGGAUCCCUGCCUACUACAUUUUCACUGUCUUGAAUUCUUUCCAAGGUUUCUUCCUGUUCAUCUACUAUCAUUACACCAGCGACCCAAGAAAGACAAUCAAGGCACAGGGAUCCACCGUCAGCCAGAGCACUCUUCAAACCUGCACGUACAGCAACGAGAACCCCUACAGCAACCCCACAUUGGAAAACCCUGGAGGCCAGACGGGGACUGAAGGGGGGGAAGAUAGUCAGCUCAAAGUAAAAGAGUACAAGCAGGUAGAAUGAACUACAAAGUGUACUAGUUUAAA